AUGUCUUCCCGAAAGAAAGUUCUUUUAAAGGUAAUUAUUUUGGGAGAUAGUGGCGCUGGAAAAACAUCACUUUUAAAUCAAUAUGUCAACAAGAAGUUUAGCAAUCAGUAUAAAGCAACUAUUGGCGCUGAUUUUCUUACAAAAGAAGUUACAGUUGAUGACCGUGUUGUAACUAUGCAGUUAUGGGAUACUGCUGGUCAAGAGCGUUUUCAGUCUUUAGGAGUUGCUUUUUAUCGAGGUGCAGAUUGUUGUGUUCUCGUCUUUGACGUGACCAAUUCAAAGUCUUUUGAAACUCUUGAUUCAUGGAGAGACGAGUUUUUUAUACAAGCAAGCCCUCGUGAUCCUGAAAAUUUUCCGUUUGUUUGUCUUGGUAACAAAAUUGAUGUUGAGGAAAGUAAGCGAACGGUUCCUCAAGCACGCGCCCGUACUUAUUGUGAAUCAAAAGGGAAUACUGAAUAUUUUGAAACAAGUGCAAAAGAAUGUAUAAAUGUAGAUCAAGCAUUUGAGCAUAUUGCAAAAACUGUUCUUUCCUUGGAAUGCGAGAAUGAUUAUACAGGAGAAUUUCUAGAUCCUAUUCAAAUUAACCUUGAUUCUGAAAAGCCUGGCUGCUCAUGUUAA